AUGCACCACACCAGCCAAAUGCCGCCUCUAUCCAACAUCGACCCCGACCUCUACGAGCCGGACAACAUCAACCACUUUCUUGACUUGUUCACUAUACCCAGCAUCUACCCAUGUUCCACUACCACAAACUCCCACGGCCUUACCCAACUCAGUCCCUUCCACCUCCUCACCUGCGGCCACAUGGUUGUCGUGAGCGCCGCAGACCGCCGCUGCGCACCCAACUGCUAUCACGCCGGGUCCGCAGCCCCGGUCCACGCCACCAGCAAGAUGCCAGAGCCAGCCGGGUACAAGCAUACUGAUACAGAACGGACCAGCACAUCUUGGACCGCGUCAAAAGACCUAGUCGGAAACAGGCUCUCGCCAUCACUCACACCGACGUCUGGAGCGGCAGAAAGCACGUCGCAUCUACCACCACUGAGGCUCAAGCUCAAGCUCAACAACUACAACAACAAGCGAGCAAGUACUACUCCACAGCCCGGCGCACCAAGCAGCCAGGAUGUGGACUAUGAAGCCGAUAUCCCGGAAUAUGCUGCUGCGGCACCGCUGCCCGUCACGACGAGAACAGGGCGGACGGUUCACAGACGGCGGCAUGUGGAUGAGGUCCAGGGCAGUGAUUACGAGGAUAUGAUGGGCAUGGGGUCCGAUGGCCUGGGAGACGAGGAGCGCACCUUAGCACAAGACCACAACCGCUCGUUCACCACGCACGCACGAACAAGCCACCAGCUCAAAACACGCUGGUCCUUCUUAUCCCCCGCAGCCAAAAACACCAACAACCACCAAGCCCGUUCUUGCACCCCCGCCACGGACCCCCUCGGCUUCAGCCCUACCACCGACAUGUACGCGAUCCUCAACGCGCUGAAAAGCACAUGCAGAAUCCACGUUGAUCUACCUUCUCUCGGCGAUGCCGCGGCCCCGGAUUCCAUACGGCGCUACUCGGCGACCACGCUUACCCAUCUGUACUUGACGUGCUACCAGCAGCAGCUCUGGGACCUCUGCGACGUGGUAACCGACACGUGGAUCCGGGCGUUCCACGCGCGGCGCCACGCAGCGUCUCAGAUGCAGAAGGGGAGUGUGGCGGCGUGGCGGCGCAACAGGGCGCUAGAACGACUGCGGCGCAGUGCACUUGCGGCGCAGCGUCGAGGCGAGGCGGUGCCUGCAGAGUACGACGUGCAUGCGCCCGUGUACGCUCUCGACGUGUCUGAUCCCGAGCUGGAGGCGAGCGUGACCGACACCAAUGUCGGGCUGCUGAAUACCCUGUACGCGCACACGAGGGCGCCGUGCGGCGCGAGACUCAUGUGGGCGGAUGCGCUGGCGCUAGGCGGCGAUAGGACCGACGAGGUGCUGGAGCGGGCGGAGAAGAGGGGCGAGAAGCUGAAUAGGGAUUUGGUGUUUGAUACCAUGCAGAGUACGUUGAGGCUGGUGAGGAGGAAGAGGACGCUGAAGAUUGAGGAAGCGGCCGAGGGCGCGUGGUGUGCACGGUAUCAUGAGCAUGGGAGGUGGGGUAUGCAAUGUUACCGGGAGAGGGCGUCGAAGCAGGAAACGGGUGGUGAGGGGGAAGACAUGAUGGACGUGGAAAUGGAGGAAGGGAGAGCUGCGGGCAAGAGUGUUAGGUUUGGAGAUGAGGAUGGACCUAGCGAGUCAUCGUCAAUUGCCAUUAGCAAGCACAAAUGCUAUCCUUUUGCUGGCAGCACACCGUCCCGGGCGACCCUCGCAGACUACAUGGACCAGGACCAGGACCAGGACCGGGGCCAGGACCGGGAAGAACAGGAAGUGUGCCUCUCAGCAAGAGCAAAGGGCGUUCGAGAAGCGCAUGGGAGCAAGAAGGGUUGGACGCAGGUGUAG